AUGGAUUACCAAGAAAGAGCAGGCUCUAAAAAGGGUUCUGGUGGCAUUGCCUCCGCUUCUCAAGAAAAUUUACAUCGUAGGAGACAGGUCGAUGAGCUACUGGGGGGUGAUGCGGAAGUACCGUUUUCUUUCGGAGAGGAGGAGGUUGAUGACGCAACGAGGAAAAACCCAUAUAUUUACAAGAACAGUGCCGGCAGACUUGUGUGUAAGCUUUGCAACACGAUGCACAUGUCCUGGUCUAGCGUACAGAGGCACAUUAAUGGUAAGAAACAUGGAUUGAAUGUGCUAAGGCGAGGUGCCACGAAUAAUGGUAAGCAGCGACAACAUGUCUCAGAGGAGGAGGCUAAAAUGAAAGACUUAGUUAAAGAGCUACGAUCAGAAAUUUCAAAUAAUGGCAUUCUCCCGAAAUAUAAAGCAGUACUCGUAAAAGAUGGACAAACUGGACGAGAAGGAUUUGCAAUGCAAGUAGACUACCCUAAUGAUGAAACGACAAAAAAUCACGACUCCAGACCUUUCGUAAGAUUAUUAUCUGGUAUUGAAUUGCCAGACGAAUUUUCGGAUGAGUUAAAUUAUCUCGUUGUCGCCAAUGAGCCAUUUGAAAACAUUGGUGUUGAACUUCCUAAACGUGAGUUACAGAUCGAUCAGAAUACUUCUACGUCGGAGACGUUUGUGGAUGGCUUAAAUGAGAAUUGCACAUAUUGGAACAAAGAGAGAAGGCAGUUCUAUGUGCAAAUCUUCUUUCAAUGA